AUGCAUCCACAUUUCAAUGCAACACCGUAUGACAUCACCACAUUACCAGCCGAAUAUGCGAAACACGCCCGUCUCUGUCAACCAAUUCAAUCAAUGUUUAGUGCAGGAAAUUCAACAAAAUCAUCCCAUGUUGCCGUUCAAUCGAUUGAACAAUAACUUUAACCAUCAUCCGCAACUGAAUCAAAUUCAAAUGCAACAUCACAAUAACAGCAACAACAGCAACAACAACAACAACAAUAAUGGAAAUCAUACAAUGAAUGGAAAGAAUUCUCAGAUGAUGCAGCAGAUGAAGGUGAACGGAAAUUUGAACAAAGAGUAUGACGAAUAUGCCAAUUUGAUGAGCACAGUUGAAUACCGGCACAGUGUCCAAGGAACGCAAGUCGAAAUUGAAGGGCGAACGCGAAAACAAGGACCACAAAGAUGUGGUGGGCCCGGAAUCGUCAAGCCCAUUUACAACGUCAAUUGAAAUAUCUGCCCAAAGAAAAUCUCGCCAGAUAUUGAUGCACAUCGAAACGCUGUACCGCAUCGUGUUGAAAUUGGAGGAUCUGGAAAAGUUUAUUCGAUCAUAUUCCGGUCGGGGUCGGUUCCAAAGGUAUUAUACCGAU